AUGCACAAUCUCUCGCUGCUGGUCCUAUUUGCGAGCCUCACGGCCCGCGCGGCGCUCGUGGGACGGGCGCCUCUCCGCUCUCCCGCGGCAGCGACGCGGUUGUCGCGACUCGCGGGGCCGCCACUGCUGCAGCUUCCCGACAUCGGCUCGCUGGUGAGCAAGCUGCGCGGCGAGCAAUCGUCCGAGAUUGCGCAGCUGGGCGCAGAGGACUCGGCGAUGGGCGAGGUCAACACCGACGAUCUCGAGUUCAUCCCGCGCGUGCUCGUCAUCGGUGCCACCGGGCGGACGGGCACGAUCGUUGUGCGCAAGCUCGUGCUGCGCGGCUUCCGCGUGUCGGUGCUCGUGCGCUCGCUCUCCACCGAGACGCUCACGCGGCUCGGCAGCAACGUCCAGUACUCGUACGGCGACAUCCUCGACUACCAGUCGCUGCUCGACGCGAUGGAGGACGUCGACAAGGUCGUCUUUGCCGCCUCUGCGGGGAUCACGGCGCAGGGCGACCCUGCGACCGAGGAGGCGGGGAUCCGCAACAUCCUGCGCGCGCUGCAGGACACGCGCACCUUCUCGUACGGCGCCGCCGAGGCGACCAAGCUCUCCCUCUUCAAGGCGGUGGCGUACUGGAAGCGAUCGGACGCACACCCCAACGGCGCAGCGCGCUGUCGGCGAGAGUGCGCGGCGCGCGGCGGCGAGCUGUGA